UCCCUCAUCCCACGCACUCUCUCUCUCUCUCUCUCCCUCCUCCAGUCGACCCUUCUUCAAUUUUUUUCACUGUUACUGAGCAAAAAGUUUCACUCUUCUCUCUAGAAUCAAAACCUAGCGUACAUCGAUUCAUCGUUUAGAGAGAGAGAGAGAGAGACAUAAAGGCAUUGCGAUCGCAGUUUCUAGCAUUACCAACUCAUUCUGGGGGCUACAUUAUUGAAAGUCGAAUCGAAGUGUAGAGAGAGAGAGAGAGAGAGAGAGAGAGAGAGAGAGAGAUGAAUGCAAUGGGGAGACAGGGGCAGAGAUCCGGUGCACCGGCGGCGCAUCACCAGCGGCAGCACUCGGACAACUUCUUGGAUUCCUCCUCAUCCAACGGUCGGUGGCUUCAAUCUGCUGGUCUUCAACACCUUCACUCCUCCUCAAACCCAUCUAUCCCUCCUCCCAAGGACUACGGUUACUAUGGCGGUGGUCAGGGUUCGAGAAUGUAUAAAAAUUCACAGAGGAAUGUCAUUGGAGGAAGUGAGUUUUUCACGGAGCCAUCGACGCCUCCGGUUAAUCCGCUAUCUGUUAGCUGGAGAAAGAACAGUCAAGACUUGGAGUCUCCAAAUGGUUUCAGUCCUGGGCUUCUAGAUCUACACUCUUUUGACACUGAGCUUCUUCCCGAGAUAUCCGUUCCUGGCCUAUGUGAUGCCCCUUCUUUCUAUCGUUCUGCCCGGGGUAGAAGCUUUGAUGACUCUGAGACAUACUUUGUGAACAAUAAGCAAACUGGUAGAGUUCGUGCUGCUGCACCUGAGAACAACGUUUUGAAAAGUUUUGCCGCAGAUAAAGACAAGGCCAGCAAUGUUGCAAAGAUCAAAGUUGUGGUGCGCAAGAGGCCUCUAAAUAAAAAGGAGCUAACAAAGAAUGAGGAAGACAUCAUAACCAUAGAGCCACAUUCCAGUUCUCUUGCAGUCCACGAGACUAAACUUAAGGUUGACCUAACAGAAUAUGUGGAAAACCAUGAAUUUGUUUUUGAUGCUGUGCUGAAUGAGGAAGUUUCAAAUGACGAGGUAUAUCGCGAAACUGUAGAGCCCAUAGUUCCAAUAAUUUUUCAGCGCACCAAAGCAACUUGCUUUGCGUAUGGACAAACUGGAAGUGGGAAAACUUACACUAUGAAACCGUUGCCCCUUAAAGCGUCUCGGGAUAUAUUGAGGCUGAUGCACCAUACUUACCGGAACCAAGGCUUUCAGUUGUUUUUUAGCUUCUUUGAGAUAUACGGGGGAAAACUUUUUGAUCUUCUCAGUGAUCGGAAGAAACUUUGUAUGAGAGAGGAUGGUAAACAACAAGUUUGCAUUGUGGGUUUGCAAGAGUACAAAGUUUCAGACGUCGAGACAAUUAAGGACCUUAUUGAGAGAGGAAACGCUUCAAGAAGUACAGGCACGACCGGUGCAAAUGAGGAAUCCUCACGGUCACAUGCCAUACUUCAGCUAGCUGUUAAAAGGUCGGCUGAUUGUAGUGAAACUAAGCCUCCCAGAGUUGUUGGCAAACUUUCCUUCAUAGACCUUGCUGGAAGUGAACGUGGUGCAGAUACAACUGACAAUGACAAGCAAACGAGAAUGGAAGGUGCUGAGAUCAAUAAAAGCUUGCUUGCAUUGAAAGAAUGCAUCAGAGCGCUCGACAAUGAUCAGGGUCAUAUUCCUUUCAGAGGCAGUAAAUUAACUGAAGUCCUCAGGGACUCAUUUGUUGGAGACUCUCGGACUGUUAUGAUUUCUUGCAUUUCUCCGAACGCAGGAUCUUGUGAACACACUCUUAACACCUUAAGAUAUGCUGACAGGGUGAAGAGCCUUUCGAAAGGGAAUAACUCGAAGAAAGAUAUCCUAUCAUCCACCUUAAACCUGAGGGAAUCGACAACAAUUCCUUUAUCCGGGAUGACCUAUGAAGACGAUAUAGCUGAUUCAUGGCCUGAAAAUACUGAUCAGGAGGAAUUUGAUGAUUCAGAAGAGUUCCAAGAGCCAGAGAAACCAUUAUGGAAGAAUAAUGGGAAAGUUGAAGCAUAUGGGAUCUCAAACUCAGAAGAUAAAAUGAGAAGGACCAAUGGGCAGACAAAAUGGAAGGACCCUCUGAAAUUCGAGACAAAAAAUUCUCAUGGUGAUGAUGAUAUGAAUGCCCUUUUGAAGGAGGAGGAAGAUCUUGUUAAUGCUCAUAGGAAACUAGUGGAGGAGACAAUGGAUAUAGUUAGAGAGGAGAUGAGUUUGUUGGUGGAGGCAGAUCAACCAGGAAAUGAGUUGGACAAUUAUGUCUGUAGAUUGAAUGUAAUCUUAUCCCAGAAGGCUGCUGGCAUUCUAAAACUACAAAACCGCUUGGCUCAUUUUCAGCGUUGUUUGAAGCAGCACAAUGUUCUAGUUUCUUCUUCUGGUUACUAGAUCUUAUGUGGAAGUACAUAUAGAAUUCGCAUGUGAAGGGUUUCACAUUGGAUGAAUAUUGUUGCAAGAUCUACCCAGAUAGUGAUUCGGAUUCCCUGGUAACUUAUUGUGUGGCCAAGUCAAGAUUUGUAUUCUUGGGGAGCAAUCGUUUCUUCGUCAUCUUCAAGUUUCAGCUGUAUGCUGCCCAAUUUUUCAGGGGCUUUGGUUUUCCUUGUUGGAUUGGUAUUGGGGCCUCAUUUAUGAUUUAUUAUCAUCAUUGUCGUCAAAUUUGUUUUACCCAAUUAUAGAAGAUUAUGAUUUACAUGCUAUUUCACAAGACUUUGUAAAGCUUUUAAGCUUCUUCAUGAUGACAUAUACACACACCAAUUUGCUCUUUGAAA